AUGAACCGCUCCGCGCCCGCCGUCUCCGCCGGAGGAGCCCCGACGUGGUGGGCCGCCCAAGGCGGCGCGGAGGUCACGGUGGUGCUGCCCCUGGUCCUGGCCGGGCUCUGCACGGCGGGCUUGGCCGGGAACCUGCUCCUCCUGCUGCUGCUGGCCCACCAGCUCCGCCGAGGGAAGAGCUCGCCCGCCCACGCCUGGCUCCUCAACCUGUGCGCGGCGGACCUGGGGCUGGCGCUCUACGGCGUCCCCGCGCGCAUCGCCGCCUACGCCCGGCGCUCGUGGGUCCUGGGGCGCUUCGUCUGCAAGACCUCGGACUGGCUCCUGCAGGGCUGCCUGGUGGCCAAGAGCCUGAGCUGGGCGGCGGUGGCGCACGCCCGCUACCGGUCCGCGCUCUCCUCCGCCUCCUGCAAGUGCCCCGGCUGGAGCUGGCGGCGCCGGGCGGGGCUGCUGGGCGCGGCGUGGCUGGCGGCCUUGCUGCUGCCCCUGCCGCAGCUGCUCUUCGCCGAGGUGGCGCCCGCCGCCCGCAGCGGGAGCCUCGCCUGCCUCUUCCAGGCGCCGGGCCACGCCGCCACCUUCAUGGACAUCUUCAGCAAGGUCUACCCCGUGGUGGCCUCGCUGGUGCCCGCUGGCUUCACCUGCUCCUGCUACUGGCGGGCGCUCCGCCUCCGGGCGGCCAGGAAGAAGAACCGCUUGGCCCGGCCCGGCGCGGGCGGCGGCCCCCCCAGCCAGAAGGCCACCUGGGCGCUUCUCUGCCUCAGCAUCCUCUUCCACGCCAUGUGGCUGCCCCAGUGGGUGCUGUGGCUGUGGGAGAGGCACCGCCGCCCCUCGGGGCAGAGCCCCGCGCCGCCCGCAGCCCUGGCAGUGGUGGCCGAACUCCUGCUCUUCCUGAACAGCGCGCUCAGCCCCGGCGUCUUCAUGGCCACCUCGGGAGAGUUCCGGGAAGGGCUGCGGAGCCUCUGGACGGCGCUCAGCUGCAGGAAAGAGGCGGCGGCGGCGGCGGAGGAGGAGGGACCUCCUCGAGCGGGGCCCAGCAGGGCAGCCGCCGGGGAGAACCCCCAGCCCCUACGAGACCUCAGCCCCGAGGUGGUGGCGGCGGCGGGGGCUGAGAAGGUUCUGCCCGACGUGGAGCACUUCUGGAAGGACAGGAGGAACACCACGGCCGGGGAGGAGAGCGACCCUGUCCCCUGGGAACACCAGUAG